AUGUCUUCUGAACAAGCACCCGAGGGCUCUGCGCCCGGCUCAAGCACUUCCAGCCCUCCUGUGGCUAUAGUCUGUGUAGGCAUGGCUGGCUCCGGAAAGACGACAUUCAUGCAGCGCCUCGUCUCGCACCUUUACACACACCCCGACCCUACACAACGCGAACCGUCCGUGUCAAAGUCCACCCACACACCGCCCUACAUCAUAAACCUCGAUCCCGCCGUCCACCACGUGCCGUUCACGCCCAAUAUCGAUAUCCGCGACAGUGUAAACUACAAGGAAGUCAUGAAGCAGUUCAACCUGGGCCCCAACGGCGGCAUCCUGACGAGUCUGAAUCUGUUCAGCACCAAGAUCGAUCAGGUGAUUGGCCUGCUGGAGAAGCGGACCCAGGCGCCAGAGCCGGUGAAGGAGGCGGAGCAGACAACAGUCGAGUUCAUGACAAACAGCGGGAAGGAGAAGCAAGCGGCACCCGCGCAACAGCAGGUGAAGCACAUCCUGGUUGACACACCGGGCCAGAUCGAGGUCUUCGUCUGGUCUGCGAGUGGAGAGAUUUUGCUGUCGAGUCUGGCCAGCACAUUUCCCACCGUCAUUGCAUACAUCAUCGACACACCACGCACAACAAGCACCAGCACAUUCAUGUCCAACAUGCUCUACGCCUGCUCGAUCCUAUACAAGACGAAACUCCCCAUGAUUCUCGUCUUCAACAAGACCGACGCACAAGACGCCGAAUUCGCCAAAGAAUGGAUGACCGACUUCGAGGCCUUCCAAACUGCCCUUCGAAAUGAAGAGGAAGGCGGCAGCUUUGGCGGUGAGGCCGGUGGGGGCGGUAGCGGCUACAUGUCCAGUCUCCUAAACAGCAUGUCUCUCGUGCUGGAGGAAUUCUACAAGCACCUCAGCGUCGUAGGCGUGAGCGCCAUGACAGGUGACGGCAUGGACUUGUUCUUCAAAGGCGUAGCAGAGAAGAAGGAAGAAUUCGAACGCGACUACAAGCCCGAGCUCGAGCGCCGCAGAGCAGAGCGAGAACAGCAGAAACAAGUCACUCGUCAACGCGAACUCGACAAGCUCAUGAAGGACAUGAAGGUCGGCGGUGCGGGCACAAAGCCGAAACCAAAGAAGACGGGGCCCUUCAAAGAGGAGCCGGAAACGGUCAGUGACGCAGAGGAUGGGAACGAGGACGACGAAAUGUAUAAUGGCUACGACUAUGACGAGGACGAAGAUGAGGAUGAUCCGGAAAACGGUCUCCAGCAGCGAUACCAGGAUGCGCUGAAGAACAGCAACGCGUCGCAAGACGACGAUAUGAGUUUCACAAAGUACCUGCAUACCGCCAAUAUUGGUUGA